AUGAUACUUUCAGUAAUCCGUACAUGGCUCUAUGAUGUUAUUUGGCAUCCUGCAGCUACGGAGUCGGACGAGUCAAAGAAUAUUGCACCGUUACAGAUCGAUACCCCCAACACCUGUCAAACAAACGAAAUGGAAGCUGGGCCGUCUCCCCAUGUGCAAAUUCUUCGAGCAGAGGGUCAGGAUCACAAUCCCCAAACUCGAAUUGGCAAAAUGGAAUGCACGCAUAUUCCCGGACGAUCUAGCAAUACUUUACCUUCUCCCAUUUCCCAUGACCCUUAUCUCGGUCUCCCAGUAAUUGGAAAUGGCAUGACUGGGAUCAUUCACAAGCUUGGGGAAGACCGUGCUGUGAAGAAAGCAAAGCAAUAUCAACCUGGGUGUCUUCAAAACCGCGAGGAUGUGGAAUACAUGAACCAAAUAAACCAGCAAACCCUGGAUAAUGAGAUCCAAGUCUUCCAGCGCCUGGGCAGUCACAAAGGGAUUAUUUCUUGCUUCCAGACAUCCCAAUAUGGAAUUGAACUAGCCCUUGCACAAGAAAAUCUUGAAACUUAUCUAGAGACCUAUCCAGAACACGAUAACUCCCUGAAAACGAGCUGGAUCUGGAGUAUUAUCAACACCUUCGCACAUGUUCACUCUUGCAAGGUAUAUGUGGAUGAUAUCGCUCUUCGCAAUAUCUUAGUGCUGGAUGGACAGCUUAAGCUUUCUGACUUUGGACAAUCUAUUUUAUUACCACUUGAUAUUGAUGUGACUUCGGCAAAUGAAAACGACGUAAAUGUCCUGAUUGAGAUACUUCACCUUGGUUGGGUUCUCUACUCUAUUGCAUACUGGCGCGUCCAUAAAUACUAUUUCUUCAGCCCCGAAAACCCUGAUUUGUGUUGGCCCGAACCAGACUCAUUCCCAAAUGCUGAUCAUGUUCUCUUUGGAGCAAUAAUCAAGAAGUGCUGGCGGGGCGAAUAUACGAGUAUGGAUGAUGUGAGAGAUGAGGCUCACCAAUUGCUCACUGGCGACAAAAAUCAUCCGGUGCGCGAUCUCGGUAACGAAUCUUGA